CAUUUCACCGACCGUUCCAAACACCUCCAACAUUCAGAGAGCAUGAACGGCAAAAAGUCUGGGGAGAAGGAACCGAGGAGAAGAUCGGUUGAUUCUGUCAACUUCAGCCGGGAGGAGAGGAAGGUCAACGAUGAGGUCAGCGCGGGAGAGUCCACAGAACGAGCCCAGAGCUUUGAGAGAAGUGGAGCGACGAUAAUAUUUUCACUCAAGAAUGAAGUCGGCAGUCUGAUCAAGGCUCUGCAGCAGUUCCAGGACAAACACGUCAAUCUCGUCCCCAUCGAGUCUCGCAAGUCCAAACGCAGGAAUUCAGACUUUGAGGUUUUUGUGGGUUGUGACAGUGACCACGAGCAGCUGAAGGAGCUGACGCUUCUGCUGAAGAAGCACACAGAUGUGGUGGAGCCGACGGCGCCUGUGACGGACGACGAGGUGCCCUGGUUUCCACAGAAGAUCUCAGAUCUGGAUCUGUGUGCUCAGCAAGUCUUGAUGUACGGCUCAGAUUUGGAUGCAGAUCAUCCUGGCUUUAAAGACAACGUAUACAGGAAGAGAAGACAGUAUUUUUUUGAUUUGGCAAUGAGUUUCAAACAUGGGGACACGAUUCCUCACAUCGACUUCUCGGCAGAGGAGGUGCGCACCUGGGGCGUUGUGUACCGGGAGCUCAACAAGUUGUACCCCACGUACGCUUGCAAGGAGUACCUGAAGAAUCUCCCGCUGCUGAGGAAGCACUGCAGCUACAGCGAGGACAACAUUCCCCAGCUGGAGGAUGUUUCCCGUUUCCUCCGGGAGCACUCGGGCUUCACCAUCAGACCAGUGGCAGGGUACCUCUCUCCCAGGGACUUCCUGGCGGGUCUGGCCUUCAGAGUCUUCCACUGCACCCAGUAUGUGCGUCACAGCUCGGAGCCUCUCUACACGCCUGAACCAGACACGUGCCAUGAGCUCCUGGGCCACGUCCCCCUGCUGGCUGAGCCCAGCUUCGCUCAGUUCUCCCAGGAGAUCGGCCUGGCUUCGCUCGGGGCCUCCAAUGAAAAUGUGCAGAAACUGGCCACGUGUUACUUCUUCACAGUGGAGUUCGGCUUGUGUAAGCAGGACGGCGGACUGAAGGCGUACGGCGCCGGACUCCUCUCCUCCAUCAGUGAGCUGAAGCAUGCUGUGUCCGGCAAAGCUCACAUCCUUCCAUUCGACCCCAUGGUGACCUGCCGACAGGAGUGCAUUAUUACCGCCUUUCAAGAGGUUUACUUCGUUUCCGAGAGCUUCGAGGACGCAAAGAACAAAAUGAGGGAGUUUGCGAAGACCAUCAGUCGGCCUUUCUCUGUACGCUACAACGCCUACACACAAAGUGUGGACGUCCUAAAAGACACCAAUGGCAUCAACAACAUGGUCAAGGACAUCCAGCAUGAACUGGACAUCGUGGAGGAUGCGCUGAAUCGCCUGAACCAGUACCGAAGAGUCUAGGUUUGAGCUCAGACGCCGUGUGUUCCAGAGAAGUCAAAGCUGUGAGGAAGCAGAAAGUACAUCGUCUCCUUCACUUGUCUGCUUAUGGCUGAAUGUUCGCAACGGUGGAAGGUUGUGUUUGCAGUAUUCCUUUCACUUCCACAUCACAGCUCCUUUUACGAAUCAUGCCAACUUUUGCUUCUCGCUUGUGUGUAAGUCAGACCACUCAUGAGUCAUAUUCUUGGUGUUUCUCGUUUGUUUGGUUUCCUCCUUUGUUCACCGUUUCAUAUCUGCAAAUGUGUUUGUGACUUAAUAGACCAGUGUAAAGCAUUCGUAUUUGGAGCAACAAGACUAAACAAUUUGACUUUGAGGGAAUUCAAAUAUAGAGUGGGGGGGUAAGGGAGUUGGUCGGCGAAUUGGUGCAGCAGGGGGAAGUGCUGCAGUCACUAUACCGUGCUGUUGUAAGUGAGAGCUGAGACAAAAGGCAAAGCUACUUACCGAUCAAUCUUUGUCCCGACCCUCAGCAAUGGUCAUGAGCUGUGGGUCAUGACCGAAAGAACCAGAUCGCAGAUACAAGCGUCUGAAAUGACUUUUCUACAUGAGGUGUUCUGUCACUCGGACAGACUCAGAGUAGAGAGGAGUCAGUUGAUGUGGUUCAGGCAUCUCGUGAGGACGCCCCCUGGAGGCCUCCCGUUGGAGGUGUUUUAGGCACGGCCAGCUGGGAGGAGACCCAGGGGUCGACCAAGGACCAGGUGGAGGGAUUAUACCUCUCCACUGGCCUGGGAGCGUCUCGGGAUCCCGGGAGAAGGGCGUUUGGAUCGACCUUUUGAAGCUGCUGCCCCCGCGACCCGGCAACAGAUAAGUGGAUGAGGACGGAUGGAAUGAACAUAUUUUAUUUACUCUGCUGAGUUGAAUUAGACGCACAACCAGAAUUAGAAUGAAAGUUCCUGGCUCAGAAGUCUCAGGAGGCUGCAUGUCCCAGCGGGUUGUUGAAUGGAAAAUGAAAAAAAAAAAACCUUCUUUAUCCAACAUUUUUCAUUCAAAUGAACACAAAUACAUUGACCAAUACAUCUUUUUAAAUCCACAUGUCCAUUGUCAGAAACCUCUGGCAGCCCUUCAGUUUUCCCAGAGCAGUCAUCUCCACCUCCAGCUGCCUGGCCAGGUGAGGAAUCCGUCUCUGUGGCGUCACCAACCUUCUCACCAUAAGAGGGGGAUCAAACUGAUCCACAGAAGGGGCCUCGGUGUGUGUGGAUUUCUGCUCCAACCCUGCAAGAACAGCUAGGUUAACCAAUCAGGUGUCAGCUACAAGAGAUUGUUGAGACGGCGUCCUCUUGACUGGAUGGAACAGACAGAAGCCUGACCCCACCGUGGCCCUCUGAGGACCCUGCUCCAGAGGGAUUUCUGUUCUAUCUACAAGCCUGCGACUUGUAAAGUGAGAGCUUUGCCAGGCUUUUUGAAGAUGCAGCGCCGAUGUGAGGGAAUCGUAUGCUUUGUUUGUAUUCAUCUGUCUGUGGAGGUCACGAAUCUAAUCUAAUCUGAAAAGAGUGAGUGUUGAACAAACAUGUCUGAUUUUCAGUGGGACGCUCUUGACUUAGAUGAUGGGAAAGGGAAGAAACAAGUCAGAGUUGUGAAUGAAUCUUUUGAUGUUUUAUGUUAAAAAAAAGAACAUUUUCUGUCAUCUCAAUAAAACUGUUGCCAUUUUGUCUCUAUCUAAAAGAAGUGUUGGGUUAUAUACUGAACUUCUUUGUUUUGUUUUGCUUCAUCAUCAAUAUGGAUUACAUUAUCACAACAUGUUGGCACAGGGAAGUUAAACUUCCCCUCCCAAACUCUAAGCCUAUCAAUCCCUAGACACACUGUAGAUGAAAAGUAAUAUGGGAGGGAAGUGUUUUU